CGUCUUCUUCUUCUCUUCUCCUCUUUUUGCUUUCUUCGAUCCUAAGUUUUUCAUCGAUCAACAGCACCAAUCUUAACUCGGCAGUAUUUGUAAUUACUAAGUAUAUGUAAUCAGAAGAAUGGCGACAGUGAAAGCGGUGAUGGGGAAUUUGACGGUGUCAGAACGACAAGUACUUACGGCAGUUAACAGCGGAGCAUCAAGUCUCUCAUUCGUUGGCUCAGGAUUUAUAGUACUCUGUUACUUGCUUUUCAAAGACCUUCGCAAGUUCUCCUUCAAGCUUGUCUUCUAUCUCGCCUUAUCCGACAUGUGCUGCAGUUUCUUCAGCAUAAUUGGGGAUCCUUCCAAAGGGUUCUUCUGUUAUGCUCAGGGAUAUACAACACAUUUCUUCUGCCUAGCGUCUUUCUUGUGGACUACAACAAUUGCCUUUACUCUUCACCGGACAGUUGUUAGACAUAAGACGGAUGUAGAAGAUUUGGAGCCAAUGUUUCAUUUAUAUGUUUGGGGAACUUCAGGAGUAAUGACAGUUAUAAGAUCAAUUGCCAAUAAUCAUGAACACCUAAGUCGGUUGGGCACUUGGUGUUGGGCACAAACAGGACACACAGGAAAGGUGGUACACUUCAUAACAUUUUAUGCACCUCUUUGGGGUGCCAUUCUUUUUAAUGGUGUCACCUAUUUUCAAGUGAUACGGAUGCUAAACAAUGCAACUCGUAUGGCAGUGGGCAUGUCCGAGCGGUACCAACCAGAUCCUCGGUCAGACAUGAAGGCACUAAAUCGUUGGGGUUACUAUCCCCUAAUUCUUAUUGGAUCAUGGUUUUUCGGUACAAUCAACCGUAUACAUGAUGUUAUUGAACCAGGUCAUAAGAUCUUUUGGCUUUCGGUUCUUGAUGUUGGAACGGCACAGCUCAUGGGUCUCUUCAACUCAAUAGCAUAUGGGCUUAACAGCUCAGUUCGUAGAGCUAUUUAUGAGAGAUUGGAUCUGUUACCCGAAUGGUCUCAAAGAUGGCUUCAAAAGAGCUCAAGGUCAAGAGGCCAACAGCAGGACAGUGAAUUAGUCUCGCUAAAGAUUCAAGAUCAGCAAUAAGCAACAACUAACAAGAAUUUUGCGCUUGUACAUUCAUCUCAAUGAUUCUGCCGCCCUUUGCGUAAUUGGACCAGAUUGACAAUUGAUAACUCCAUUGUGACAGCCAGGGAUGCUCUCCAUUGCUUCAGCCGGAGUUUUAGGCUCACAUCGUUCGACCGAUCCUCCUCUGCUCCAUAUGCUAAUUGCUUGUUGCUCCUUUUUGAUUGCUCGAGUGUACAUUAGUGCCAAUGUUGUUGAUACCGAAUGAUGUUAGCGUGAUCAGUAGACUGCACGUAACCUGAUAUGUGGUGAUGCUAACUCUGCCUUCAAGUACAGGCAAGGCAGAAUAUUGCUUAUUGAUGUAUCCAACGAGAGAACAUUUGUUUACUGAUUUAUUUGUUGUAUCAAUUCAAUCUGCUACAGUUGGUUCUUACUAAUCUUCUCUCUUGCUGCAUAGCCUUUCCUUUUGUGAUAGAACCACGACACAAUGUGAAAACUAGUUAGUGCUUCAGAGCUUUAUUGCAGCUGUUCAACUUGCUAUUUUACCUCUAAUUUAUGAUC